CUUUCUACUACUUUAGCGAAACCAAACACCCAUCAGAUUCUCCAGUACAAGCCGAUACCUGAAAAUCCAGUUUUCUGGGUUUGAUUUUGUUUGCCUGAGAGGGAAGUUUUAUAUUUCUCUCAUGAUUGAUUUCGAUGAUUGUUCAAAUUGGAAUUUCAAUUUCCAUACAGAAGUAAACCAUUGAAGUUAAUUUUUAAUUUUCUAUGGCACGGCAGUGGUGAAUUACAGAAUUCAAUUUCCAAUAGCAAUGGGAUUGGUAUUUCAAUAAGCUUUGUUUUCAAUAAUGGAUGCAAAAGCGUUGGCAAAAUCAAAGAGGGCUCACUCGCUAAACCAUAGCAAAAAGCCCCAUUCUGCUCAAAAAUCAAAAGCCACGUCUGGAGGUGCUAACAUUGCUGGAAGUGGAAAUAAGGCAUUGGGGAAGCAAACCAAGGAGAAAGCUCGCCAGUCCGGCCUUCCUUCGAAUUGGGAUCGUUAUGAGGAAGAAUUUAAUUCAGGUUCUGAAGACCCAUCUGGGGAUGCUACAAAUAAAGCCUCUGAUGUUAUUUUGCCCAAGAGUAAAGGUGCAGACUACGGUUACCUGCUUGCUGAAGCUCAGUCUCAGUGCCAGUCAGAUUCCUACUUGGAUACCUUUCCUUCAAUGGAUGACAUUUUGCCUGGAGAAUUUAAUCUUGGAGUAGAGUCAAUGCUUUCAGUCAGGGGAAAGAGCAUUCUAUUGUGGAUUGGGGAUGAUAAUUUUUUGGUAGAGGAUCAAACAGCUGCAAGCCCUGAGGUACCAUUUCUCUCCCUGAAUUUGAAUGCUCUUGCGGAACAAUUAGCAAAAGUAGACAUUUCAGCAAGGCUCUUCAUUGAAGCAGACCAAUUACCAAUGGAGCUGACUGGCAAUGGAUCAAAGACAAGCAGCCUGGAAUCAGAUCAAAUGCAAAAAAGUGAAACUGAAGCAACGUCAACAAUAUCCAAAGAAUCGAUAUUCAAAGAUUUUUCGGAGGAGAAAAAGGUUGCAAACCAGAAUAUUGAGGUUAUGUCAUCAGGAUCUUUUUUGGAUGUCAAAUCACCUAACCAGGGAUUGGAUUUAUUAAGUCAAACUAAGAAUUCAAGUCAAGACAGCACUUACAGUCAAAGCAAUGCUUUGGAGUGUCCCACAGAAUUCAACGUGAGUUCUGUUUCAGAACCCAAGAAACUAUCCUCAUUUGAGGCAUCAGCUGCUGAGGCAGAGCUGGAUAUGCUUCUUGACUCAUUUAGUGAGACCAAGUUACUUGAUUCUUCUGGAUUCUCAUCGGCAACUAUUCCUGUGUACCAAAAAGAGGCUCCUAUAUCUCUGCCACAACUUACAAGAAACAACCCAAGUUCUUCAAAGACAACACCCAUUGCUGUCAAGCUAGAUGAUGUGCUCGAUGAUUUACUUGAGGAAACAUCCAUUUUGUCGAACAAAAAGGGUUCAUAUCAGCUGACGAAAGUGACUGCUGCCCACAAUGAAACUCUAUCUUCUUCCUCUCAGACUGUCACCAACUCUAAAGUUUUGGAUGAUUUUGAUUCAUGGUUAGAUACAAUUUGAAUCGUUGUAAGCAAAAAUGCCUCACUCGUGUAUUGUUAUUUGUUGUGUUUAAUGCUCUAUACAAGCUAGGGAGUAUAUUUACCA